GGAGUCUGGAGGGAGUGGGACUGGCCGGCGCUUUUAAUACAGAUGCUCCGGUCCUGGCGCCCUGCGUUCAGCGGCAGAGAAGAGCGGACAGCACCAUGACUGAAUUAAGCAACACCUACGAUGUGAUAGUGGUCGGCGGAGGGAUAUCAGGGUUGAGUGCAGCGAAGCUGCUGAAAGCCAACGGACUGAGUCCUGUAGUCCUGGAGGCCAGGGAUCGGGUCGGGGGACGCACCUUCACCGUGCGGAAUAAGGAGACAAAGUGGGUCGACCUGGGCGGAGCUUACAUCGGACCGACUCAGAACCGCAUCCUCCGAUUGGCCAAAGAGUACGGCAUUCAGACCUACAAAGUCAACGAGCAGGAGAGCCUGGUGCAUUAUGUCAACGGAAAGUCUUACCCGUUCAGAGGCUCCUUCCCUCCCAUGUGGAACCCCAUCGUCUUGUUGGACUUCAACAACCUGUGGAGGACAAUGGAUGAGAUGGGCCGUGAGAUUCCCAGAGAGGCUCCCUGGAGAGCUCCCCAUGCCGAGGAGUGGGACAACAUGACCAUGAUGGAGCUCUUUGAGAAAAUCUGCUGGACCAGUACUGUUCGCCGCUUCGCCAAGCUGUUUGUCAACGUCAACGUGACCUCUGAACCCCACGAGGUGUCGGCUCUGUGGUUCCUCUGGUACGUGAAGCAGUGCGGAGGAACCAUGAGGAUCUUCUCCACCACUAACGGAGGACAGGAGAGGAAGUUUGCGGGCGGCUCCAGUCAGAUCAGCGAGUGCAUGGCCAGGGAGCUGGGAGAGCGAGUGAAGCUGCAGUCUCCGGUCUGCAGGAUCGACCAGAGCGGAGACACGGUGGCCGUGGAGACGCUGGACAAACUGACCUACACAGCCAAGUACGUGAUCGUGGCCACCCCUCCCGCUCUGAACCUGAAGAUGCACUUUAACCCCGAGCUACCGCCACUGAGGAACCAGCUGAUCAACCGCGUCCCCAUGGGCUCCGUCAUCAAGUGCAUGGUCUACUACAAAGAGAACUUCUGGAGGAAAAAGGGUUACUGUGGCAGCAUGGUGAUUGAGGAGGAAGGCGCUCCCAUCGGCCUGACACUGGAUGACACAAAGCCGGAUGGGACUGUACCCUGCAUUAUGGGAUUCAUCCUCGCCCGCAAGUGCAGAAAGCUAUUAGGGCUGACCAAAGAGGAGAGGUUGAAGAUGAUCUGUGAGAUCUACUCCAGAGUGCUGGGCUCAGAAGAGGCUCUGCACCCGGUGCACUAUGAGGAGAAGAACUGGUGUGAAGAGGAGUACUCCGGUGGCUGCUACACGGCCUAUUUCCCUCCAGGAAUCCUUACUCAGUUUGGAAAGGUGCUGAGGGAGCCAGUCGGCAAGUUGUACUUUGCCGGCACGGAGACGGCCACGGAGUGGAGCGGCUACAUGGAGGGGGCCGUGCAGGCUGGAGAGAGAGCCGCCAGAGAGGUUUUGUGUGCGAUGAAUAAAAUCCACCAGAGUCAGAUCUGGCAGACGGAGCCCGAGUCUAUGGAAGUCCCAGCACGCCCGUUUGCCACCAGCUUCUGGGAGCGAAAUCUGCCUUCAGUCGGCGGCCUCUUCAAGUUGGUGGGAAUCUCCACCGUCCUGUCUGUUGCCACGGCAGCCGGCGUGGUGGCCUACAAGAAGGGCCUCCUUUCCCGGAGUUAAACCGCCCGCAUACGUCAUCUCACUCCUCUGCGUCUCAAGGGGACAACCAUCUCUAUAGACACUGUGCUCUAUCGUACUUCUAGUGCACUACUUCAUGGCCCAAAACGACAAAGUAGUGAACCACAUCGGUUAAAACACUAAAGGCACCGUCACUCUGUGCACUGUCUGUUGAGAGAGAGAGAGAGAGAGAGAGAGAGAGAGAGAGAGAGAGAGAGCGAGAGAGAGAGAGAGAGAGAGAGAGAGAGUGAGACAGAGUCUUGGGCCGAGCACACGUCCAGAGAUGCUAGUUAGAGAGGAGUGAAGAACUUCAAGUUUAAAUCGACAAUAACAUCUGAGAUUCAGAUUGUGAAAACCAAUGAAGGAAAAAAAGAGCAGAAUCAGUU